UCCUUGCGGGGGGGAUGGAGGAGAGUGUUCCAGGAGCCCAGGACACCAGUAGGCUCCACUUCCUCGCUCCCCCACACAGGCAAAUAACAAAGUGGUGAUCCUCCAGACCGAUGGUUCUCAACCGGGAGGUUCACUGGACGUCCCCGUCCAGCGCGACGGGCUGCGCCCGUGCGUCGUGGCAGAACGUGGGCACGUUGCAUAAAAUAUUUUUUUCUUCAUUUUUAAUCGAGAGAUCAUCGCAGCCAAACACGCCUGAUGGCACCGCAUUGCACCGUCGCUUCCUUGCCCUAGAUCCGCGCAACUUUUUUUUGUCGUCAACGGUUGACACGGAAAGUCGCGUCGACCAAGCAUCCCGUUUUGGAAACAUUCAAAGGCGGCGUUCAACACAGAGGGGGCGUGUGCAGACCAGCAGGAUGCCCGUGAAGGCCCCCAUGUACCUAAAACCCGGCCGCACGAGCAAGGGCAAGAAGGCCGCGAGGCUCAGGGACAUCCUCUCGGGAGAUAUGAUCAGCCCUCCGCUGGGCGACUUCCGCCACGUGGCGCACGUGGGCAGCUCGGGCGGCAUGGGCGAGAGAGCCGCCGCCUUCGGAGACCUCUCGUUCCUGUGGAGCGAGCGUCGCGCGUCCCGCGACGAGGACGGCGUCCUCCAGCGAGCCGAGCGACGCCGUGCGGUGCCGGAGGCCCGGCUGGACCGAGACCUCGCGUCGGGCCCCGGCCACCAGGCGGCACGCGGCACGACCUGCUUUGCCACCGGCGUCGGGAUCCCGUCGCCCGUGCUGAGGAACGCGUUCGUGCUGCCCUACACGGGUCCCGAGCAGGCGCUGGUGCUGCCGGGGGUGUCGCCGUUCUGCCCAGGCGGCGCGGGGCCGCCCCGCCGGCGCCCCGAGCCGCCGGCCGACACCGAGGGCGGCGCGGGGGACGACGCGAACGGCGAGGGCGCGUGCGGCCGCGAAGACGUCGCCGGAGCCGGGACGUCGCGAUCGACGAGCGGCGGAGUCGUGCGGGCGGCGGCGUCGCCUCCGCCCCGAGUGAACCGACUCGCGUGCCCCGACGCCAAGGGUCCGUGCACGAGUCCCAGCCCCAAGAGGGGGCUCCUUCGGUCCAUCAGGGAUCAGGUGCAAAACAUCACGCUCAGCCCGCCGCUCUCCAGGAGUCGCAACUUCCAGUCGGUGCACGCGUGUGAGACGUCGUCUCAGGAGCCCUUGCUGUUGUCCAGCAAUGACAUGCACCGUGAGGAGGAGCAGGAGGAGGGCGGGGAGGAGGGCUCCAGCCGGGCGUUCCGCUUCAUGUCCUUCUCCGGCAACGGGUUUUCUCAUCGGCGAUUGACCGGCGUGACGGCUUCGUGUGGGAAGCCCCAGCAACCCAAAGCCACGGCGCGGGCCGCUGCCGGCCAGCUCAGCACCGGGCCCGAGUGGACGAAUCCUCGCCUCCCGUCCCGUGAAGGCUGUGCUCGAAACGGCUUUGCGAGCACCGUCGACCACGAGCAACCGGGCUGCCUGUGGCCCAGAACUCCGGAGCGUGUGGCCGUCACGGAAUCGAUGCAUUUCCUCAGGAGCAGGCAGACCCUCCACCCGCGAUCCAAGCGCAGGGACAUGCUCGCCAAGAGCAGGCGGGAGAACGGCGACGAACACCGGCAGGCGACCGCCGCCGCCGCGUGCCCGUCGCACCCCACGGCGGACAAUCCACGGCCUGGCGCGUGGCCGGACAACUCGAAAUCGCCGCCCACGCCGAGUCCCUCCGUGUCCCCGCCGCCACCACCGCCACCGCCGCCGCCACCUCAGAGGUCACAGAGAGGUGACCUCCAAGCGAGAGGUGCUGGCGGCCGUGGAGAGUGGGCCGAGUUCAGCACCCUCGCCCGGACGCGGUGGCCACCGGGCGAACCGCACGGCGCAGCGAGUCGCUGCGACAGCAGCGAGUCGCUGCUGUCUCUGCACACGGACCUGGGGCCGUCCAUGCUGGACGACGUCCUCGGGGUCAUGGAGAGGCAGGAGGGGCGUGGGCCCAGGAGGGCCUCCGCGCGGUACGCGAAGCCCGACGGCACGCUGGGCAAGGGGGCGACGGCGAUCACCGGCGGCUCGGAGCAUGGAGUCAGGGGUGCUGAGAGGGACAGCGGCGUCGCCUGCGAGGCUUCGGCCAGCGCCGAGAACCUGCUCCGUCAUUUCUCGCCCAAGUAGCCAACGUCGCACACGUUUGCCGCCGUCAAACAAACAUCCUGUGACUGCCAAAAGUGCCCCCAAUACACUCGAGGCUGAGCGUUGGUGAGAACAUUUGUUACGAAACAAAAAAAAAGUUGGAGCGAACGACACGUUAGCGUCCUCUCGUGCCACCACCAUCACGAUCACCGGCCACGGUCAAUCAACUGCUGGAUGGAGGCCUCCUCAAGCCGUCGCCACCUCUCCCGGUCCUGCGAUUAGAAUGAUCACCCGAUGUCCUGCAGCACGAACCGAGCUCAUCAGACUUCAUACACGUGCCAUCAUAAUUGCUAUAAUUGCCAGAACACCGUUCGAUUGAUCCGGAAGAUUCAACAGCUACUCUCCGGCAACGGGGUUACGAUGAUAAUGACGACGACGACGAUGAUUGAUGAUGAGCAUUGAUAACGAAGAUUAUGAUUUGGUUUUGAUUCCGUCGUGACAGAUAUCACCGGCGAAAGAAAAGCCGUAAAGAAUGUCGCGUGCCAAUACCUGCACGCGGAUCCAUCGCGGUGCUCUGAACAAGGGCCGCGACCUGAAACGUCAGCCUAUGACACAGCUCUGCGUUGUCAGGCAGCGUUAAUGACGAAUGCGGCGAUUGGUUUAUUUCCGCAGCGGCUUUCCCGUGUUGUGAGCGUUCAAGUAACGGGGCAGCCCCCCUGCUGUGACUUGGUCACGACACCGCUGGCAGAUCGACCGCUCGAUAACGGCUGCCGAGGGUGGGAGUAUCCCACGCGUUACCCCCACCACACGCAACCUGCCGAUCGACUGUGCUUGUACCCAUUUCUGCUGCCGGGUGGAC